AUCAUGAUAAAACCAUCUGGUGUGUUAUGCAGAAUAUGCACAAUGACAAUCUCAUGGAGUUUGUGCAGGUUUGUCUGUCUGCUGCCUCCACUUUUGGCUCUGAACACACGCUCCGCACAUUCUGCUCCUGAUUUCUCUGUGUACCUUCACACAAUCCUGAAGAAUCACACUGCCCAUGCCUGUGAGGGUGACUCCCUUGCCAUACAAUGUCCCUCAAGGACUUCUGUGGCAGUCCUAUCGGCAUUCUAUGGACGACGUGUACCCAGUCAGUAUUUAUGUCCUUCUGCUAACACAAAUACAACCACAGAGGAGGAUACUGAAUGCACUUCCCAAGUUGCUAUUGAGAAAGUGCAGUCAGAAUGUCAGGAUCGACGGGCCUGUCACAUUCCUGUCAUUAGUCAGGUGUUUGGACAAGAUCCCUGCCCACUCACCAGCAAGUACCUCCUUGUUUCCUACAAGUGCCAACCAGAACACCACCGUACUAGGUUGGUGUGUGAAAAUGAGCGCCUGAGGCUGAUGUGUAAGAACGACACUGUCCUAGCUAUAUACUCUGCCACGUUUGGACAUCUGCUGCACGGCAGCCCCAACUGUCCUCAGGAAACUCUGCCACAGACUGACAUGGAGUGUCUGUCCCCCUCAGCCCUGAGGAAGGUAUCACGCAAGUGCCAUGGCAGGGCGAACUGCUCAGUUGUGGCAGACACUCAAACCUUUGGGGACCCCUGUUUUCCUGGGACAAGGAAACACCUUCGGGUGUCCUUCACUUGUGUGCCUCGAUAUCUUCUGGCGGAUGUGGGGCGUGGGUCAACAGAUCCUUUCAUGAUCUCAGACUACACACAUGGAGGAUGGUACACAGGCCCCAGCUACAGGCCUCACAAUGUGCUCUUUACCAACUCUCUGGAGGUCUUUGAAAAAAUAGUGGGUCUCCCGGAGAGAGUGGCUCUGUACUUUGUCUCCGGCAUUUGCGCCGGGUUGGUAUUCCUACUCUGUCUGUUCGGCGUGCGCUCCACACUAGUGAAGGAUGUAAAGGAUCUGGUUUCUGACAUCGGUGAUGAGUUGAAAGCAUCCCGCAGGCAACGCAGGGAACUCAUGGAAGACCUCUACGAUGAUGACAUUUCGGACACCUCGUCUUUCCGUCGCCUCACGCAGUCGUACCGCACGGCGGACAUCUUCAGCCCGUCCACUACGACCGUGGAGAUGAUGGAGCGCGACACGGAGCAGACGAGGGACCGGCCAAAUGGGGACGUCUGGCCGCAUCGAGACUCAAGCCCUUAUGCCAUUCACAAGAUUAAAGACUACAACACAUGAGAAGCCAAAUACAUUAACAACAAGAACUGGAAAUGCGAGCAUGCACACUGUGUUAUUUCGUUUAAUUACGCUUCCUCAUGACUGAG